AUGGGUGCAGGGCAGGAGAACAACCAACCCCCACCCCCAGGACAUGAAGCCACAGGUACAAGCCUGGGGGAGCGCAACCCCCGGUCUUUUACCGAGUCUGGGCUCUUAAAAAGACACCAACUCAUCCACAGUGGAUUCAAACCUUACAGCUGUGACUUGUGUGGAAAGCCUUUUACCCGGGCUGGAGACUUAAAAAGACACCAACUCAUCCACAGUGGACUUAAACCUUACAACUGUGACUUGUGUGGAAAGCCUUUUACCCGGGCUGGACACUUACAAAGACACCAACUCAUCCACAGUGGACUUAAACCUUACAACUGUGACUUGUGUGGAAAGUCUUUUACCGAGUCUGGGCACUUAAAGAAACACCAACUCAUCCACAGUGGAAUUAAAUCGUACAGCUGUGACUUGUGUGGAAAGUCUUUUACCCUGGCUGGAGGCUUAAACGCACAUCGGCUCAUCCACAGUGGACUUAAACCUUACAACUGUGACUUGUGUGGAAAGUCUUUUAUCGAGUCUGGGCACUUAAAAAGACACCAACUCAUCCACAGUGGAUUCAAACCUUACAGCUGUGACUUGUGUGGAAAGUCUUUUACCGAGUCUGGGCACUUAAAAAGACACCAACUCAUCCACAGUGGAUUCAAACCUUACAACUGUGACUUGUGUGGAAAGCCUUUUACCCGGGUUGGACACUUAAAAAGACACCAACUCAUCCACAGUGGACUUAAACCUUACAACUGUGACUUGUGUGGAAAGUCUUUUACCGAGGCUGGAGGCUUAAAGAAACACCAACUCAUCCACAGUGGACUUAAAUCGUACAGCUGUGACUUGUGUGGAAAGCCUUUUACCCGGGUUGGAGACUUAAAAAGACACCAACUCAUCCACAGUGGAUUCAAACCUUACAACUGUGACUUGUGUGGAAAGCCUUUUACCCGGGCUGGAGACUUAAAAAGACACCAACUCAUCCACAGUGGAUUCAAACCUUACAGCUGUGACUUGUGUGGAAAGUCUUUUACCGAGUCUGGGCACUUAAAAAGACACCAACUCAUCCACAGUGGAAUUAAAUCUUACAACUGUGAAUUGUGUGGAAAGUCUUUUACAUAUCGUGAGAGCUUAAAAAAACACCAACUCAUCCAUGUGUAG